ACCUAGCUUAUCUCAAUUGCCGGCCGGCCGGCAAUCGGCGCAAUUUUCCGUCAACAAAAUGGAAGACUUGAUCUGUAAAGCCGUGGGUUUGUGUGGUGUUGUUUUGGUCAGCCUUUGUGGCCUCGCAAUAUUCCAGUUUGUGUGGUGGAGACCGAAGAGGGUGGAGAUGAAGCUGAGGCAGCAAGGGCUGAGAGGCACAUCUUACAGGUUUUUGUAUGGAGACAUGGUUGAUAUGAACAAGUUGAUGGCUCAAUCAUGGUCCAAGCCCAUGGCCUUGCACCACGCAAUUGCUCAACGAGUCAAUCCCUUCAUCUUCAACAUGGUCCAAACCCAUGGGAGAAUAUCUUUGAGCUGGAACCAAAGAAGGGCAAGGUUGACGGUGGCGGAUGCAAAAUUGAUAAGGCAGAUACUGGAAGACAAGCAUGGGAAUUUCCGAAAGCCGCCUCAGAACCCUCUCAUAGAUCUUCUAACAAUGGGAGUCUCCAACUUGGAAGGACAAGUUUGGUCUAACAGAAGAAAGCUCAUCACCCCUGCAUUCCACCACGACAAGUUACAAGGGAUGGUUCCGGCAUUUUUGAGCAGCUGUUCCAGCCUGGUGAACAAGUGGAAGGAAUUAAUGGGUUCCCAGGAAUGUUACGAACUUGAUGUCAUGCCCCAAAUGCAAAUCUUUUCCUCAGAUGUUAUUGCCAGGGCCGCGUUUGGAAGCAGCUAUGAACAGGGAAAAAGGAUAUUUGAGCUUCAAAAAGAGCAAGUUGUGCUCGUCAUUGAAGCCGCCCAAUCUUUAUACCUCCCAGGAUUCAGUUAUUUGCCUACAAAGAAGAACAAGAGGAGAUAUGAGAUUGACAAUGAGAUCAAAUCACUAUUGAGGGACAUGAUUGAGCAGAAGCAAAUGGCAAUGCAGGACGGCAAAAUGGACGGUGAGGAUCUGCUGAGCCUAUUGUUGCAGUGUAAAGAUGAGGGCGGCAGAGAAUUGUCCAUUGAAGAUGUGAUUGAAGAGUGUAAGCUGUUCUAUUUUGCUGGUCAAGAGACCACUGCAAACUGGCUUACGUGGACGCUUAUCGUCUUGUCUAUGCAUCCAAACUGGCAAGACAAGGCCAGAGAAGAAGUUCUCAAGAUUUGUGGGAACAAAACACCUGCCCUUCAAUCACUAAACCAGCUUAAAGUUAUUUCGAUGAUCCUGAAUGAAGUUCUGAGGUUAUAUCCACCUGUGACUACUCUCUUUCGUUACACACUCAAAACAACAAACAUAGGGAACAUUUGUGUACCUCCCGGGGUGGAAUUGCAUCUGCCUGUAAUACUUUUACACCACGAUACCGACUACUGGGGAGACGACGCAGACGAAUUCAAUCCCGAGAGAUUUCGGAGAGGCGUUUCCAAUGCUGCUACAGCAGAAAAGCAAGAAGUGGCUUUUUACACAUUUGGUUGGGGGCCAAGAUACUGUCUAGGCCAGAGCUUUGCUGUGAUGGAGGCUAAAUUGGCUCUUGCCAUGAUUCUGCAGAACUUCUGGUUUGAGCUGUCGCCAUCUUAUGCACACGCUCCGCAUACCAUCAUAACUCUACAACCUCAGUAUGGAGCUCCCUUACUACUGCACAGGAUAUGAUGUAUAUGAUGCCCCUUUAAUUUUGUAUCUGCAGAUAGAUGUUUUAGUUUGUAGUAUAUUAAUGAAUAAAAGUUCCAUUUCUCAUUUGUGCUA